UUCUCUCUGAAUUUCUCUCUCCAUUUCAAAUUUAAUUUCAGUGAUUAUUUUCAUCCAUUUGCAUCAAAUUACUCUUCCGAUCUUCUUUUUUCUAAAAAAUGGUGAAGAAAGCGGCACCGAAGAAUCCGGCAGCGAAGAAACCGGCAGCGAAGAAACUUGAAUUCGACAAUUCCGUCGCUGAAAUGGCUGUUGAAGCUCCUCGAAGGCGAGGAAGAAGGCCAAAUGCUGUUUCUGAAGAAAUUCCUGUUGCUAAGGAAUCUGUGUCUAUAAAGAAGAACAAAAAGGCUGGCAGUCCGAAAUCAAAAGCAAUUGCGCUUGUAUCUGAAAAAGAACCAAUUGAAGAAGAACAACCUAAUCAACUAGUUUUACAAAAUUCUUCUCUGGUUGACGUUCCACAGCCUGAAUCUCAUCAACUUCAUUCACAAGUUUUGAAAGAAGUUGGCGCUGAUGGCCUGCCUAUCGUGUUUAAUUUUGAUACACAAUGUUCAGGAGGAUCAUUGUGUAAAUUAAUUAAAGACUUCUCUCCUGAUCAAAAGGCAGCUGUUCAAGAGAUAGGGUUUGGAGGAUCGUUAGACCUUCAAUUAAGUCGAAAAAACACUCAGAUGAUGUACUGGUGCAUCAAGUGCUUUGAUGGUGUGAGUUCUCUGUUUACAAUCAGUGAUUCCAAGCAAUUUGAAAUCACUGAUUAUGAUGUGUACGAUUUGUUUAUGCUCCCCCUUUCUGAGCUGGAGGUUGAAGGGGUUAAACGUGGGCGCAAUUCCACUAAUCCUGAUUUUGAUUUGAAGAUCAAGUGGAGAAAAGAGUUCGGUUUUGAAGAGGUCAAUGCUCAAAUUCCUAUAAGGUUGCUUGAGGACAAGAUUAAAUUGUUGACAGAUGGUGGUGAUCUGUUUAAACAAUUAUUUGUUUUUGUUGCUUUCUCUACAUUUUUUACUCCAACAGCCAAUAGGACUGUAGAUUUGAGAUUGGCUAAGGCUUUGGAAUAUCCUAAAAUGAUUUCCAAAUACAAUUGGUGUAAAUACGUUCUUGACGUAUUAUGUGAGGAAACAGUGAAAUUUAAAAAUGGUUUAUUGAAAGGCAAAGAUCAAAAGACAUUUGGAGGCUGUGUUGUGUUUUUGCAACUUGUGUAUUUUCAAAGGAUUAAGUUUAGGAAUUCCAGUGGUAUUCCUGAUCAAUUACCUCUUAUUCAGCAUUGGACAUCGAAGAUGGUAACCGAUCGGAUUCAUGCUGAAAAUGCCAAUAUGAGUGCAUUAUAUGGUUCUGGUAUAUUGGAGAAGGGGAAGUAUCCAAUUUCCAAAAAGUUUGUUUUUGUUGAUGGUCAAAUAGAUUUGACCCAAAUGAAAUCUAUUUCGAAAGAAAAUGAAGCAGGCAGUAGUGGGGGAAGAGCUGAACAGCCCUAUGUUGGGCGUCGAAUUCCAAGUCGGCGUCCUAGGAUUCUUCAGUUUGAAAUCCCUAAUUCUCAUCCUACAGAUGAAGAAAUUUUCUCUAAAGCCACUGAUGAUUUUCAUGGUCAGUGGUUGUUGAUGAAGAGAGAUCUGGAUGUAGUUUCAGCCAUCCAUGCUGAAGAGCUGUUCAAAUUAAAGGCUUCAAUGCCUUCGCAGAACCAUGGCGAUGAUAUUUUGGAAAAUUCCACUUAUCAAAAGAUGGUUGAUGAGUUGGUGGAGAUUCAUCAGUUGGUGAAGAAUCUACCAAAUGGUUGGGAUGACAUUUUUGGUUCAAGUAACAAUCCAGUUGUUACUGCUGCCCCUCAACCUUCUGCCGUUGUUCCAACUGAGCCUGCAGUUGUUACAGCUGCUGUUGUUGAUGCAACAACAUCUACCGAAGCAAUUAUUCGAGAAGUUGAUCCUGACACUCAAAUAAAUGCAGUUCUUGAUUCUUUGAAAAGCAAAGAUAAAGAAAUUACGGAGGAUGAUGAUGAAGAAAUAGAAGAAUAUGAGCGCGUGUGGGCUGGAUUUCAAAAAUGCAUCAUUAACAACCAUGCUGUAUCAAGAGUGAAUGUCAGUGUCUAUGGCAUAGAGGAAAAUGUGAUGUUUAUGUCUCCGUUUAUGAUAGCAUUUGAAGAUUUAAUGAGGCAUCUUCCAGCAUUUGUUCAAGAAGCUGUGGACUUUGCUGCUCUGACUGAUGGAGAGGGUAUUUUGACUGAUGAUAAAGUUAUAGAAUACAAUCAUUUUAUUGCGGUAGGAAGAGAUGACAUGUGGACCCUUCCUUCCACAUUUGAUAUUCUUUUGAUUCAUAUUGAAGCUUGGGCUUUUUUAUUGAAUGAAAAUGAAAGGAAUCCUGCUGGUUCUCCUCAGAAGCUGUUUUUAGGUGGCACAUAUUGUAAAUAUGUUGCUGAUUUGAUUGAGAAACCAGGCAAUGAAAAAAUCUUGUCUGAAUUGUGUGUUUGUCUUAAUUAUGGUGUGAAAGAUGUAAAUGGAGUUCAGUCGUUGAAAGAUUAUUUUUGCUCCUGUUCUGAUUGA